AUGGCGGCGGCGGGUCCCGGCGGCCGGGCCGCGGUGCCGGCGCGGCGGGGGCGGCGGCGGCGGGGGCGGGCCGGGGCGGCGGCGGAGGAGGACGAGGUGGUGCUGGCGGUGGCGGAGUGCCCGGUAUGCCGCCAGGCGCUGGUGGAGGCGGUGACGCCGCCCUGCCGCCACUCGCUCUGCCUCGCCUGCUUCCAGCGCUGCCUGCAGGGCCCGGGCCUCUGCUGCCCGCUCUGCCGCAGCCGCCUCUCCACCUGGGCCCGCCGCCAGCAGGCCCGCGCCGAGCCCGCCGCGACGACGGCCGCCGGAGGAGGCGGGGAGCAGCGGCCGCCGGACCAAGACUUUAUAUUCAGAGCACCCAUUAAAUUAAGCAAACCAGGGGAACUCCGAGAAGAAUAUGAAAGCCAGCUAAGGAAGCUGAGAGAAGAAAAACUACAAGAAGAAAAAGCUUCCGAGGAUCUGAUUCACAAGUUCAUUCUAGAUGACAUGGAAGUAGGAAAAAGAAAAAUGGAAGAGCAGCAGAAAAAAGAUGAAUCUUUAGUGCUUAAAGUGAACCAAGAGUGUUUUCCUGAGCGUCUCUCGGAUUCAGAGAAUGAAGAACCAUUCCAGGGCAAGCAAACACAUCGGUCGGCUUUUGUUUCCAAGACCAGUGCCUACUCCUUUGCUUUCCUUUCAGGGAACCUAACCUCCAAGGUGGAAAGGAGUCGGAGCUGCAACGACACCAUUCAGGAGAGAUCGAAGAGCAGGCAGAGAUCAGUCCCGGCCAACAAAACAAAGGUGCCACCCGUCACCAGCACGUCGACGCCGCUGGUUGGAGUUUUGUCGUCCACCCAAAACAACCGCUGCCUCUCCGCCCCAGACCUGACGGCAGAGAAACGCCUGGUUCUCAACCCCGUUUCGUCCCUCUCGGCCCUGCACAAGCCAGAGCGAUCCAUCAGCCCCGAGAGCAAUGACAGCAUCUCGGAAGAGCUCAACCACUUCAAGCCUAUCGUCUGCUCCCCGUGUACUCCUCCAAAGAGGCUUCCUGACGGCAGAGUCCUGAGCCCUCUCAUUAUAAAGUCCACCCCGAGAAACCUGAACCGGAGCCUGCAGAAGCCGACCACCUACGAGGCCAGUCCUAGAAUACUGAAAAAAUGGGAGCAGAUAUUUCAAGAGCGCCAGAUCAAAAAGACUCUCUCUAAAGCGACCCUUACGUCCUUGGCUUCGGAGCCCGGCGAAGACGUUAUAGUUCCUGACAUCACCAACUCUAGCACUUGCACUAAAGAGCAGCCGCAAAUGCAGGAUGAUCACCUUCCACCUGACACGACAGGAGACCCUCGCCCCGAGCUGGAUUUCUUUCCUUCCAUCAGUGAAACGAAGCUGGGAAGAGGGAGCGAGAAGAACAGAGAUUCGCAGGCCUUAACAACAGAUGACAGCGCUGCCGAACCAGAUCCGAGAUCAAAUGUCACCUCCUUAAACACACGAGUGUCCGAAAUCCCUGACCUAAAAGUGAACACGUUCAUGGACAAAUCCUGUCUUAGUCUUGGCCCGAAAAUGCUGAGCAGAAGACUCAUGGGUGUCAGCGCAUCGCUGCCUGACAACAGCACGCUAGGAGUCCCCAUCAAGACAUCGGGAAAAAAGCAGCUGAAAUACCUGAACAACAGCGAAUUGAUCAACGUGCAGAACAGCACCUGCAAUUCCGUUGAGAACAUCAUCGGGGAACAGCCCCCGUCGCUGAGACGGGGCCGGAAGAGACGCUGCAAAACGAAGCACUUGGAGCACAACGGCUCCGUCAAAAGACUGAGGCACGCGGCAGGGGAGGUGGGCUUGCCUCCGGAGGAUCGCUUGGUACGGGAGAUGGAGCAGAAGCUCCAGCAAGAGGAGGAGGACAGGAGGUUGGCCCUGCAUCUGCAGCGGAUUUUCGACAGCGAGAAUAGGACAGUGGAUAGGCGGAAAGUCAGAGUCGAUCGGUAUCUGCUGCGGUCGAAGAGCACUCUGGGUGCUAAGUAGCACUGGUGGACGAUGUUGCCUUUCUAGAGGACGAUGAGGUUUAUCAGAUUAUCUUAUAGGAAAACUAUUUUUUGUCAUACUUCCACCCACACAAGUGUUUUUUCGUUUUGGUGGUAAGACAUUUGUAGGUCCAGUUCAGAUUGAAGCCAGAGUCCUUACAGAUUAACAAAAAAAAGAGAGAAUGAGAAAAAAAUCCUCUAGCCUUUCUGGUCCAUCCGUCUGAAAGAAGUGUCCGUCGUCCCCGUGAAUACACUGCAAUGCCUCUACAUGCAGUCGGUGACGUUUGGGUUCCCUGGCUGGGAGGCUUGUGUGAGCAGCACAUGGGGUACGGGAUAAGGACCUUGUCCGUUCCUUGCCUUGCCGCUUCAAUAUGCCAAGAAAAAUCAGAGCUCUACUCGCGGAGAGGAAAGGAGGCUUUUUCUGUCCUAGAAACGGUCGUCUCCUCUCUGCCUGCCCCGUUUUCUUCCUCACGCUGCAGCUGGCUGCGGUGGUCAGACCGUUCCUGACGUCAGCCCGUUCGAAUGACCUGACUUGAGGGCUGCUGGGGAGGGAGGCUGAUCCGUAUUUCUGCUAGGAAGUACCAGAUAGAUCCACCCGUAGUACUUAGAAACGAAUGUAUCUCACUGGCUGCGCCAGCAGUACAGAUUAGAGGUUACUUUCUUUAAGUAGAAAGCCAAAUGCAGUGAAGAAAAACACAAGAUAAGGAUUUUGCUGAAAAGCCUGAUAGGAACUUGUACAUUCAUAUUAGUGACACAGCAGAGAGCUCGGGUAGAGCAGCUGGGAGCCGUGCUCUGGGCGCUGUGACCCAGGGAGCACAUGCAGCUUUUCUCCCGGUCCCUGCCUCUUCAGAGGCAAGAGGGUUUCAUGUUCUUCCCACUCACAUUGAAAUCUAGAAAGGGAAACGCUGGCUUGGUGAUUUCGGGAAGGACGUUCUCCCUGCUGACACGUACCCUGCAGGUUCUCGCUCAGUUAAGAGAUCUCUCAGCACACCUAAGACCUGUCCUUACAUGUCCAAGAACGGCCCGAGGAGGCAUCCCAAGGUACCUGACGCAUCGCCGUGCUCUCCCAGGCACCCGAUGGGCUGGCGGUAGAGCUGGGACAGGAGCCCAGCCCUCCCGGCCCGCGGGCACACGGACGCGGGCGCUCAGGGCGAUGCAAGCCUGCCCUGCCCCUGCUCCGAGCUAGCUGUCUUCAGGUUCAAACCACUAAGAACGCUCAGGUGAGCGAUGCACUAAAAAUUUCCACUUAAAGGCAUAAAGUCGGGCACGGCAGCCUGGACCAGAGCUAGCUCGGAGCCUGGGCUUGGUGGAGAGUGUGUUGCCUACCCAGA